UGCUGUUGCCAAGAAGUUGUCGAGAAGUUUCUCUUUCUUUCUUUAAUCCAGUACUUCUGAUUGUCUAUAAUUGGACCUCCUGGUGAAUACUAAUCACGCAUGCAGAGAUCGGGAUGACUUCUUCCAUUACCUUUCAAGGACCUUCUUCCUCUUCCCUAUACUUUUCUUCUUCUAAUUCCAUCCGACAAUGGAAUCAUGAUGUAUUCUUGAGUUUUAGAGAAUCCAGAUGGUGCUUAGACGAGUUAUUGAAGAUUCUUGAUUGCAAGGAAACAAUGAAACAAAUUGUUCUACCAAUUUUUUAUGACGUAGAUCCAUCGGAAGUACGACAUCAAAAAGGAAUUUUUGGAAAAUCAUUCACCAAACUUGCAGAGAAGAUCAAGAAUAACGUAAAGGUGCUGGAGUGGAAGAUAGCUUUGAAAAAAGUAGCCGAUUUGUCCGGGUUCCAAUUAGCGAGCUUCCGGAAUGAAUCGGAACUUAUCCACACAAUAACUCACUGGGUGGACUUAAGAAUGGUAAACCAUACAUCUUUACAUGUAGCCAAGUAUCCAGUUGGAAUAGAGUAUCGUGUACAAGAUGUUUAUCCACAUUUAAGUAUUGGAAGGAAUGAUAUUACAUGCAUGAUAGGGAUAUUUGGAGCUGGUGGAAUUGGUAAGACAACUAUUUCAAAAGAGAUCUAUAACAUGAUUUAUUCUCAAUUUGAAGGGAGUUGUUUCUUGAAAGACAUUAGAGAAACUUCAAAGCGAGCGAAUGGCCUAAUUCAGUUGCAAAACAAACUUCUUUUUGAAAUCUUAGGAAUAGAUCUGGAUGUUCGUGAUAUAGAUAGAGGAGUCAAUGUGAUUCGGCAUAGACUUCGCUCUAAAAGGGUUCUCCUCAUUCUGGAUGACGUGGAUGAGUUAGUCCAACUAGAAAAUUUAGCUGGAGAUCGCAAUUGGUUUGGUUUAGGAAGCAGGAUCAUCAUAACAACAAGAGAUCGACAUUUACUAAAUAACCCUAAAGCUGAUUCAGUAUAUGAGGUGAAGAUAUUGGACUACAAUGAAGCUCUUCGACUCUUUAGUUGGCAUGCUUUUGAGAAUGAAGAACCGAUUGAAAAUUAUGUGGAACUCUCUAAACAAGUAUUGAAAUAUGCUCGAGGCCUUCCACUAAUUUUAACAAUUUUAGGUUCGGAUCUAAAAGGUCGAAGUAUACAUCAAUGGGAAAGUGCAUUGAAUAAGUAUAGAAAAACUCCUAAUGGAAAUAUUCAGAAAGUACUUCAAAUAAGUUAUGAUGGGUUGGAUAAUAAUGAGAAGGAUAUGUUCCUUGAUAUUGCAUUUUUCUUCAAAGGAGAACACUUGGAUGAUGUCAUAAAAAUAUUUGACAGUUGUGGUUUUUCACCAGAUCAUGGUAUCAACAGGCUUAUAGACAAGUGUCUUAUUACUGUUGAUCGUGAUAAUAAAUUGGGGAUACAUGACAUGCUACAAGAUAUGGGUCGAGAAGUUGUUAGACUACAAUCACCCAAAGAACUUGGUAAACGCAGUAGAUUGUGGUUUCAUGAGGAUGUUCGUCAUGUGUUAGAAGAAAGUACGGGAACAAACAAAGUUGAAGGCAUGGUAAUAGAUUUGCCCGAUGGCGAAGACAUCAUAAACUUGGGUUCUGAUGCCUUUGUAUCAAUGAAAGGACUUAGAGUUUUUAUAAAUCGUAAUGCACGUUUUUCUGAGGGGCCUAAUUAUCUCUCUAACGAGUUAAGAGUACUUGAUUGGUCUAAAUAUCCUAUGCAAGCUUUACCACCCAAUUUCAAUGGAAAGAAACUCAUCAUCUUUCGAAUGCGUGAUAGCUUGGUCAUGGAGUUAGGCCAAAGAUUCAAGAACUUGCGGACUAUGGAUCUCAUUGAUUGUAAUUUCUUAACAAAAAUCCAAGAUCUUUCAAGUGCUUCAAAUUUGAAGGAAUUGAAAGUCGAAUAUUGUGCAAGUCUAAUUGAGGUGCAUGAUUCUGUUGGAUUCCUUGAUAAUCUUUCUUUUUUGUCUUUUGAACAAUGCCCUAACCUCUCCAUAUUGCCAAAAAGUCUCAAGUUGAGAUCUUUAUAUAUUCUUAAGCUUGAAGAUUGCCCAAGCUUUCGUAAUUUUCUUGAAAUCAAGGGUAACAUGGAAAAUUUAUGUACAUUACAUGUAGUGGGCACUGCAAUUGAAGAACUACCUUUAUCCAUAGGGAAUCUAGUGGGGCUUGAUCUUUUAAAUCUAAGCAACUGCAAAAAACUUACUCGUCUCCGAACUUGCAUUCUUCAGUUGCAGCAUCUACGUCGGGUUUGCAUCAGGGAUUGUCAAAAUAUUUUAAAUUUUGGAAAGAUGGGUUAUAAAAGACAACCCAUUCUGGCUAUUAAGUCUACAACAAUGGAAGACGAGAUAUCUUCAAGUGAAGAACAACUCCAUGAAUUGCCGCCUCUAGCAAGUUCAAGCCAUGGGAGCACUGCAUUACAAGUGUUGAAUCUUCCAAAUUGUUCUCAAUCAGAAUCAAAUUUCUUUCCAUUAUCAAAUUUCUUUACCAUGUUUAAUUCCUUGGCCAGUUUGUCUUUCUUGGAUUUAUCGGGGAGUGAAAUUGUUAGCCUUCCCACUAGCAUCAAAGGAUUUGUCAAACUGGCUUACCUUGACUUGAGCCAUUGUGAGAAACUUGAAGAAAUACCAGAACUUCCACCAAAUAUAGACCAAGUAGAUGCUUGUGGAUGCAAGUCCUUAGAAAGAUUUCCAGAAGCAUCAAAAAUAUUGCAAUUGCAUAGAAACCGCAUCAGAUCAUUAGCAUUGAUUAACUUGUCCCACUGUGACAAAAUGCACGUGAAUAUAUGGAAUCGUCAUGGGCCAAAUCCUUUAUUGCAAAAGGGACAUUAUCAUAUAGUGUCAUCAAAUGGUGGGCGUUUUACGAGGCCUGAUGAUGUCCAACUGAGUGGAACAAAAGCAUGGGUUAUAGAUAUUGAGGGGCCACACAAUUUGGAGAAUAUAAGUGGGAUAGCAUUAUAUUGCGUUGUGUUUUUCAAUCGAGAUGACUGGUUGUGGGAUCAGAUAAGGGCUGAGAUAACAAGUGACGUCUCAAAUCAUAUAUGCUACAUUGAAAGAGGGUAUGGGUGGCAUACUCAUCAAUAG